UUCAUCUAUGUUUCUGUAGGGACCUGUUCCUGAAUAUUCAGUAAAAAGCAACCCAAGGAUAGGUAUUGGAUAUUGUAGGUGACUGAAAAUACUGUCAAACAUGGUGAUGUCUCUGGACAAUUUGAGGGGCUUCGCAUUAGCCACAUCAUCAAGUGCUUUUAUUGGAUCAAGCUUUGUGAUCAAGAAGAUUGGGCUGAAGAAAGCUGGGGAUGCUGGGGUAAGAGCAGGUUCUGGAGGCUACUCAUACUUGUAUGAACCGUUAUGGUGGAUAGGAAUGGUAACUAUGAUUCUGGGCGAGGUGGCAAACUUCGCAGCAUAUGCAUUUGCUCCUGCAAUACUUGUUACUCCUCUGGGAGCAUUGAGCAUCAUUUUUAGCGCAGUGCUAGCACAUUUCAUUUUGAAUGAGAGGUUGCAUAUGUUUGGUGUGGUUGGUUGUGCAUUGUGUGUUGUUGGCUCAGUUGAUAUAGUUUUGCAUGCCCCCAAGGAAAAAAAGAUUGAUUCAGUUAGCGAAAUAUGGCAGCUCGCAACUGAACCAGGUUUCAUAGUGUAUUCUUGCUUGGCUGUAGCACUUGCACUUGUUUUAAUGUUCUGGGUUGUUCAUCAUACUGAACAAAGGAAAAUGCUCGCAUAUAUUGCAAUAUGUUCACUAUUCGGGUCUCUUACGGUUAUCAGUGUAAAAGCAGUGGCUAUUGCCUUAAAGCUCUCAUUUAAUGGAGUGAACCAAUUUGUCUAUGUCCAGACGUGGUUCUUCAUCGCUGUUGUAAUUAUAUGCUGUUUAGUUCAGCUGAAUUAUUUGAACAAGGCCUUGGAUUCAUUCAAUACAGCUGUGGUUGCCCCUGUAUAUUAUGUGAUGUUCACCAUUCUUACUAUUUUCGCGAACAUGAUCAUGUACAAGGACUGGGACUCUCAGAAUGCAACACAGAUAGCAAGCGAGGUAUGUGGUUUUGUGACAAUUGUUGCUGGAACAUUCCUUCUGCACAAGACCAGAGAUAUGGGGAACACACAACCUAACCCAGAUUCUCUGAGAGCGGAUUGUGAACUCCAGAAUCAUAGCUAGUCACUGUAACAUAUCAAAACACAUACCCUUGUUCAACAUCUAACAUAUACCGGAGCAUUUGGGAUCUCAGACCACAUGCAUUGCAGCUUUACUUCAGCAGUUAGUGAUUUAGCACAUCGGGAGUUAAGGAUCUAUAUAUAGGCAUUUCUAUAUGCUUCAUAGGAAUAUUUGUUUUUUGUUAAAUUGCGGCAAAAUUUACGUUUCUUCAGUUUAGGGAAACAGUCAUGUUCCAUUGUAAAUAUAGUUGAUGAUAUUUGACUGUAAUGUGUGCUGCUAAAAUUAAGUUGUUUACACUGGGGCAG